AUGGGCUCGUACCCGAGGACACCCAGGGGGAAACGCUUCCUCGUGGUCGUCACCGACCUCUUCACGCGAUGGGUGGAGGCAUUUCCGGUGUCUAACGUCUGGGCUCGGACGAUCACCAACCUGUUGGAGGGAGAGGUCUACUCCCUUUACGGCUUCCCGAAGGUCCUCCUGAUGGACAAUGGAAGUCAGUUCAUGGGCAAACAAUGGCGGGCGGACUGUCGUCGUUGGGGCAUCGCCCACCACACUACACCCACGUACCAUCCCAGCGCCAACCCUACAGAAAGGAGGAAUCAGGACAUCAAGGCCCAGCUCCGGCUACGCCUGGGGGAUGACCACACAAAAUGGGACGUUCACUUACCAAAGAUUUUGUAUUGCCUGAGGUGGCGCGUCAACGCCGUUACCGGCCACUCUCCCGCGGAGCUCGUGCAGGGGGAAAAUCUGGCACUCCCGGGGGAGUGCCGAAUAGCCAACACAGCCACCGAGGACUGGUGGGGGGAGGAGUUGCGGCCCCAAAUCGAGGCCAUGCGAGAGGAGGCGAAGGAGAGACAGGCCCAGUUCCUCGCCCACAAAACGCCCACCACCACACACACCCCUGUCCCCCUCACACCCGGACAGUGGGUCUACGUCCGCCAACACCACCUCUCGGUGGGGGCAAAGAACUUCUGCGCCGGGCUGGCCCCGAAGUGGUCCCCGCCGCGGCAGAUACUGUGGAAGACGGGGCCGUCCACCUACGCCGUGCGCACCCCGAGCGGGCGCCCAGCCAAGAUACAUCGGGACGAUUUAAGGCUAGUAACUACCCUCCCAGACGCACCAAACCCCCAUGACCCCGGACUCAGCGGGAACACGACCCGGGGCGCGGGGAACUCGUCGCGAGUUCAAAUUUUCUGA